AUGCCCACUGCGUCUGUGUGGGACCGCCUAGCGGGAAUAUACAGAACCAAGGACGACAGUUUUGUCCGUCUGCACUUGGGCAGAUCUUUCGUGGCCAACGAUCACCGAAGUCACCCAGAAGGCAUCCUCAAUAUUUCGCAGUGUGAUCCCACUUAUGCAGCAAAGCAGAAAACGUGUGUUUCUGCUCAUAGGUCAUUCAAGGAGUGGGAUAAGCAUCCGCAUGCACCUGCAUUAAGAGGAACACUUCUAAUUCAACUCAUCAAGAUCGGUAGCGCUCCUAAACGGGUCCUCGGGAAUUGGUGGCCGGUGUGCGGCCGAACGCUCGCAGUGUACGGCGCUGAUGUGUUCCUCAUUACGUCCUCAAAGCUUCCCAAGUUACCCAUACUUGAUAUUGAUACAUCUCGUGGCAAACGUACGACGCAGCUUGACCUCACCGAAGCCACUCAACGCGACUGCCUGAAGGAAUUAGUCAAGGAUGCUAACGUAUUCCUGCAAGCAUACCGACAAGGUGGCCUUCAGGAGAAAGGGUUUGGACCCCGGGAACUUGCUAAAGUGCGACAUGACUGCUACGGGCUUAAUUGGGUGGAGGCUGAAGCUCUUACUAAAUUCAAUGGGCAACCCGUUGCGGACAAGCCAGAACCUCGAGCACUCGCUAUGCAAGCCUUGGAUCAUGUCGUAGGCGGGUACUUCCUUGCAUUCGGCAUUCAAGCUGUAAUCACAAAAACGAUCAUUGCAGUUACUGGGAAAGUCCGCGUCUAUUUAGCAGCGGUUGCGCAGUGGCUCCGAUCACUUGGGCAACUUCCACUAAAUGUCGCGUUCGGAGAUGGCAAACCUCUUACAAAGCGGACGAUUCUACGAGAUCCAGAGGUAGCUGUAUUAUCAGUUACACUCCGCGAGGCGACAGUAUGUGUUACACCAGUUAAGGACGCGGUGGAAGCUCCCGUGUGCUUCGAUCGGCAUCAACCUGCGUGGCUGCCGCGUGUGUGA